AUGCAUUCUUUCCUUACAUUACAAAUCGUUGUUCUGGGCUUGAGCUUCAGCACCUUCUUGUCCGCAGCGCAAGCCGUCGCGGCCUCUUCUGAAAUAUCCCCUCAUACCAUCGCUAGUCGAAAUCACAGGCGACAUCAUGCCCGUAAACAUCGUAGAGGCAAACAAACAAGCUGCUAUGUCUCGAACAAGAAGAAAACUAAGACUUCUUACAAAGUUAUCACCAAGCAACUAAAUGGACAUGUCAGCGUCAACUCAACCAGUUCCGAAACGCACGACUCAAGCUCUCCUGAUACCUUAAUGGGCCUAGUACCUGGCCAACUCACCGCAAACAAUGUCUAUAUUGGGUUCUUGCCUGACGAAGGUGACGCCGGUGGUAGCCGAACAACUAUGGCUCAAAUCAACGAGGCCGUUGGUACCAAGUCAGCUGCCUAUGGCUGGUAUGCUCAAGCACAUAGUGGAACUCCUUUCGAUGGAUCACAACUUCUCGCAGUUAUGGAAGACGUCAAAGCUUGUAAUUGCGUGUUCCAACCAGCCGUGAUGCCUAUUGGCGGAUGGGAAGGCCUCACCGAGUCUGAUAACAGUCAAGCAAUUGCGAUUGCCAAAGUUAUGAAGAAAUUCACUGAUCAGGGCAUUCCUGUGUGGCUGAGGUUUGCUCAUGAGAUGAAUUACUAUCAAACCGAUGGUACAUACGUUGGCAAUGCUAACGACUUCAAGGCAGGCUGGGCAGCAGUAGCAGCGGCUUGUAAGAAGAUCGCACCUGAGGUCAAGAUGUGGUGGACUCCAAAUGUAGCAGCAGACUCCAGCUAUGCUAGCUACGCUCCGGAUGACAUGUCCACUGUUGAUCUUGUCGGAAUUGACUAUUACCCAAAGUCAAUCUCCACCGGUACUGAGUUCGUCGAUACCAUGAAAGGAUUCCAUGACAAGUAUGCUGUAGACGGUAGGAUGUUUGCCAUUGGUGAAAUCGGACUGGGAUACGCAGGUUCGAAAGCUGACAGAAUCUCCUGGUUGAAGCAAAUCAUCGCCGCCAAGGACCAACUUCCUCGAUUCAUCAACGUCUCUUGGUUCAAUUUCCAAAAAGGUUAUGAUUUCAGGAUUGUGGAUGUUUCCGACGGUGGAUUAUUGGGUUUACUGAAGGGCCUCUUGUCCCUUUGA